CAGCCUGAGCAUGCGAGUGAGCGAUUGAGAGAGAAGUGUGUGUACGUGGAAAGAUGGCAUCGAGCUGGGGAGGCGUUUUGUCGGAGCAGGCCGAACUAAUAUCGAUUCGUCUCCGUCAGCUCGUGUCUUCUGGACUGCACUUUCUCCAUGAUGAGAUGGGGAUAGAUUUAGGUUUGAAGCCGGACCUUUACCCGGCCUGGGUGUUUCUCUGCACGGCGCUGAUCGGCCUGUUUCUCUUGUUGGUGCUGGUGUUGGUCGCGGCCUGCGGCGGAACGCGGCGCAAGAAGCAGGGGGCAGCGCGGAGUAAAAGCACUGCUGCCGUGAGCGCUACCGAGAGCGCAAAGGCCGCGCCGGUGAAAGCACCGAAACCUGACGAGCCAAAGAAGAAAAGCAAAAAGAAAGCUUCGGAAAAGAAGAACCAGUCCAAUGGUGGGGCGGUUUCUGAGCCUCGAGAGCAGGUCAAAGUCGUUAAGGAGUCUCCGAAACAAUCAGCACCACCAAAAGCACAGACAAAAGCACCGGCAAAAGCACCAGCACCAGGACCACCUCCACCUAAACCACAACCCCAACCCCAAGCUCCUGUUGACAGUAAAGCUGAAAAAGCCAAGAAAAGUAAGAAGAAACCAAAACCAGAGGUGAAACCAACCCAAGCUGUUUCCUCUACAGACGGAAAGGAGCCUGAUGAAGGUGCUUGGGAGACUAAAAUCAGUAAUCGAGAGAAGCGACAACAGCGCAAGAAGGAGAAGGGCUCCAAUGAUGAGUCUGGAAGUCCUGGUGGUAGUCAGCAUGUUGGUCAGCAACCAGAGCAGCCUGCAGUUACAGCUCCAGUGAAGACCAAGAAGAAUAAAGAAUCUCUAAAUUUAAAGGCUGCGAAAGGUGAUGCCAAAGUAACCCCAGUAGUGUUAUCCAACUGGAAUAAUGUGAAUAGUGGAGGGUGGGCUGAUGUGUCUGGGAAGCUUCAACCUCAGGUGAGCAAUCCAGACCGUGAUAAACCCUCUGUUGGUGUUAAGGCAUCUGGACACAGGACUGCGGAGCCAAUGGCCUGGACUCAGCAAUCUGAGGCAGGGUCUUGGCCCAGCGUGGAAGGACGCAUUAAGCCAGAAGUGAACCGAAUGAACUUCUCUAUGCUCAGAUCAGCUGGCGUUCCAGUGACUCAGUCUGCUGCUGAGUUGGGGAAUGGUCCUACCACCACUGACGAGUGGUCUGGUUUCAAUGGUCUUGGAGCAACUGAUCCAAGUUCAGACUGGAGCGCUCCAACUGAGCUGUGGGGGAACUAUGAUGAAUCUAAGCCUGAAAAACCUGCUGCCCAAGAGACACCCGUUUCCCAGGUACCCAGGGAAUCUGAUGAUGACAAGGAUAAAGGAGAUCCUUCUGGAACUGGCAAAUCCAAGAGAAAGAAGAAAAAGAAGAAGAAGCCAGAGGAUGAAAAUGCUGGCUCGCAGGUGACCACCGAGAGUUCGGCUGCACCUGCUGAAAGUGGAUUUGUCAAACCCCGUCCUAAUGUGGAGGAGCCAAGCAAACAGAUCAGCACUCCACAGUCAGGACUGAAGAAAUCUGAUCAGAAUUGGGAACCAUCCAAGCAAGCUCAAAAGAAAAAGGCCAGGAGAGAAACAUGAACGCCCUUCAUCUCUUAUGCAAAAGAUUGUUGAAAAAUGUUUAUGCAAUAAUUUCACAGUACAGAAUUUUAUACUGAUUAAAUCGUCUGUGCUAUUUACAGAACAUCUUAAAUGAGUUGGGCCAAGUUGGCCAAAAAAAAAAAAUUGCAGCAAAUGGAGAACAACUUAUGCACUAAGCUAGACUGAUGUCUUGUAAAGGUUUGAUUAUUGUACUUGAUAUCAUGCACGCUUUUCAGUGCAGUGAAAAAUUAUAUAUUGUUGUUCAACAGCUACUUUUGCGAUGUUAAUAGAAUUUGAAAAGUUUGUUAAUAUCUUGGGGGAAAUUUUAGAAUUUUGAGGAUGUCUCUUGUUUUUUUUUUUUGUUUUUUUUUUUUCAAAUUAAUUUCUCUUUCCUCUGGAACUUUUCUACUGCUGAAUUUCGUUCAGGAGAAUUUUGCAGCGUAGCAGUAUGUGUUAGAUACCGCUGAGAGACACUGUGCCAUCAGAGCCAUCAUGAAGUACAUUUAAAAAAAGUCAUCAGCAGCAGCAGGAAGAGACUGGUGUAUUACUGUAUUUUGUCAUCUGGAUCUGAAACAAAAGGAGAGUACAGGUUACUAAAGAGAUGUUUCUAACACUAAGAAUAUUCUCAGUGCUUUUUUUUCCUGUAUUAAUUAUAUAUUUUCACAGAGAGGAACUGUAAACACCUUUUGAAAUACUUGCUUUAUCUUACCUUGUUAACUGUUGAAUCAAUUUAAUGCUUUGUUUCUCUUGCAACCUCUUCAGUAGAAAAAGCCAGGCCAUAUGUACAGAAUUAAUAAGGGCUUUUUUCUAUAAUUCUCUUUAAUUGCACUGUGCUAAAGGUUGUAACAGUUUCUACUUUUCAUUUUUUCCAAUCUUUUUUGAAAUGUGAAUCUUUAAUUCCUGUUUAAUUUGUUUUGAUAUUGUGGUGGGUAGAGUGGGAGUGAUUUUUAAUGGAGAGAGAUUAAAGGUAACUGCAGCUUUACCUCCAUUUCAUUAUAAAUAGUGUCAGUAAAUGGACUCUUUUGCCUUAACCUGUUUUUUUUUUCCUUCUUCUUUUUUGUAAUGUAUGCAUCUAACCGUCUCUCAAAUUUGAAGUCAUUUUGGGAAGAGUUGUUGAAUUAUAAUUUCCAGUUUAAUUGAUGUCAGAGCUGCACUAACUGUUGCACGAAUCCUGUUUUUAACUCUUUACAAUAAUAAUCAUUGUCACAUAAAUGUCCACAUUUUUUUUCCCACUGAUACAAGUACUACUCUCAACAUAAAGGCUUUAACGGAUGAGAAAUGCAUAUUGCUUUCGGUAGGUAAAAAAUUGCUGAAUUUCAGUCUUUUCUUUCUUCAGGCUUUAUGCCUUGAGAAUUUAAUUUAAAUGUGUCUAUAUGUGGAUUAACUGGGUGUUUAUCCCAUGUUCAUUUUUGUAAAUUGUGGUAGAUUUUUUGCGAAUUUGAGGUACUCUGGUUUAGAAUCAAACCCCUGCCUUAGUUUUCCAUUAGAAAAGUGGUAAAACCAGUGUAUUUAUACCUGUCUUCAGAAUUUUGGAUCGGAGAAUGAUAAUGUUUACUGAAGUCGAUGCAAUAUUUUUAUGUUGAUUUGUUAAAGAAAUAAAACAUUGGAUCAUUGUUA